AUGUUGGGUCGGCUGUCAGUUCUCGUUGUUCUUUUCGCAUCGGCAGCUAUUGCUGAUGCGGAAUGCCAGAAGACGCCCAAGGGAAUGUUCAAAAACUACUUUCGGCUUUGGGCGGUGGACUUGAGUUCCAUCGAGUCGGCGCCGGAGGGCGUCGUCACCGUUCUGAUUGGACAAUUUAUUGGUAAGUGGAAGGGGAGCGAAGAUUUAUGGAGAUCUUACGUGGAAAAAAGAGAUUUGGGCUGGACAUGUUUCAUGGUAUAAAAUGUCACAUAAUGACAUAUUUUAGUCGGGAUUUUGCUAGCUUCUGAAUCAAAAGGCCUACGCCGCGCCAAAUCUUGUAUUUCGGAACCUCAGGGUCUAUUUUUCAAUUUCGGACAUGUUUCAUCGUAUAAAAUGUCACUUUUUAGAGCAUUGGCAUGUUUUUGACAGAAUUAUUAUAGCUUUCUCAUACCAAAAAAGAUUUUUCUACCGCGUGUCGUAUCUUUAAACCCCUUCAAGCGUAAUUUUGGAUUUCGGACAUAUUUACUCGUAUAAAAUGUCCCUUUCCUAAGAAUUGCCAGUAAUUCGUCCAAACUUUAUUUAAGCUAGAACUGGGCGAGUUAUGACUGCAAAACAUCUAAUAUAUAACUUUUUAUUCCACCUGCAACUACUACAACAUAACAAUCUCCAUUUCUUUUCGAUACUCGUUGUUUUCAGAAAACCAUAAGCCACAAGAGGCAGGAAUCGUCAUUGCUUUCUAUCCCGGGAAGACUUACGCUCUCCGGGACAUGAGCUUUACCAUCAAGGCUGAAGCCAAUUAUGGACAAAGGGAUUAUGAGCGCACGGUGAUGUUCAGCGACGAAUUUAACAUCUAUAAAGUGGUGAGAACGUGAGUUUAUGAUAAUUUUUAUAUGGUUGGAGUAUCAUGGGGAAAAUUUGUAUCUGAUUUUUGAGGUUUUUUUUGCGAUUUGUUUCGAAUUUGCGUUUUCCCGCGCUUUUUGGCAUUGUGAUAUAGGGUCUAAAAAUUAUCUAAUGAGAGGUUUUUGGCAGUGCUGAAUGCAAAUAUGACAUUAGAAUUUUUGAAUCUAAUCGUUUAGCCGAGAUAUAAAUUUGGCGGGAAAAUCGAAAUUCAAAUUCGAAAUUGUUUUUGAUGUGAAGAUCGCUUCAAAAAAAAAUAAAAAAACGAACUUUUUCGUGACCCAUAAAGCACUAGUGUCUAAUUUUUGUAAUAAUUUUUUUUUAUCUUUUCUAAAAUACGACUUUUUUUACAUUACUUUACAUCUCCAGGCAGGCCAUUAAGGUCCCGGCGGACAGAGAUACACUGAACCUCAAGAACAUGUACUUUUACAAGGUCAUGUUGGUGGUGAACAGCACUCAUGCGUUGCGCCCCAGCUCAGUCUACGCCACCGAUGACGCGAUUAAUUUCUUAGAGCGCAUGUCGAGCUAUGUGGGCACUUUUUUUGAGAACCAAGCUGAGAUGGAAAGGGUGCAGAGGUGCGUGGAUUUUUAUACUUUUAUCGAUAUAAAUCCGUGCAUCAUGGAGGUCACCGUGAAGAACAACACGAUCCAUGAGGUGCUCUUUGACAAGGUGGAACAUGCCAUUCAUGUCUCGGCUUUCAAUGGAUACGUCUUUUCACUGUAAGAGGGGGGAAAUGAGAGAAAUUUUGAGGGAGAUUUUUGAUGAAACUUGGUGAAAUUUGGGCUAAUAUUUUUUUAUGAUGCAUGCCAGGUUUUAGUCUAGCGAUUCGCAGAAAGAAUUGAGAUUUUUAGGCCAGGAGACUUGGGAAAUUUGACGUCUUUGACGUGUUCUUUUUUCGAAAUUUUUAUGAUGACUUUAUUGGCCUCGGAUUUUGAUGAGGCUUGAGGUAGGGCAGAACUAUGUUUAUGAUGUAUACGAGGGUUUAGUCAAGCAAUUGGCAGAAGGAGCCGAGAUUUUUUGGUUAAAAUUUUUGGGAGACUUGACGUUUUUUGGCAUUUUUCGUGAUGACUUUAUUGGCAUCGGAUUUUGACGAGAGAGUCUAUUUUUUGGUCGAAAAAUCUCAAAAAAUUAGAUUUUUUUAAAAAUUUUGGAAUAAAUUUUUUACUUAUUAUUAGGUUAGAAAUUUGCAAGAACGUAUUUUACAAAAAGAUAUACUAUUAUAUUUUUCGUUUUCAGGUUCGAUUUUGAGCACUUCAAAAUCUUCAACACGACCGCUGAUGGGAGAUGUUUCGAGGGAAAAACGGAGGAACUUUUCGAUAAAAUUGAGCCGCCCAAAGGAUUAACCGACCCGGUGUUGUUGACCACCAUCCCUCUCUUCGAAAAGGAUGACGAAUUUUUCAAAAAGUGUAGGUUUCGAAAUUUUUGUUUGCUUUUUUGGAUCAAAAAAUUGUUUUUUUUUUUAUUCCAGACGCCAAGCCCUUUGACUACCACCCUUAG